GGUCUGAGCGCGGGAGCAAGGCGCAACAGACGAUGGCGUCGACAGAAGAGGCGUCGUGGCUCAUGUCAAACGGGAUAAAGACAUCAGAGGAUCUCGUUCGAGCCCUUAAGGGCUCAUCGGCUGCCUUCGACAAGGUCAAGGUGGCUUCUGAGGCUUGGACCGAUGCAGGGUUCGACGUCGCGAGAAAGGAGCAGCUGCUCCUAGACUGGGCCAUGGAUGUGCUGAGCAACGAAUCGAAGGCAUCGAAGUCCGCAGCGGGCGCAAAGGGCAAAGGAAGGGAGCAGGAGCACCUCACUUUGCGGGCGGACUUCUGGACCUUGCUGGAUCGCGUCGCUUCCGCAGUCGACGAAGCCGUCCUAGCCAGCACUUCGGCGCGCACGCACCCACUGCUGGCCAUCUCUCGCACUAUUGACUCAAUCGCAUCGGUAGAAGCGAGCAGUACAACUGUGCUCAUCGAAGCAGCAUCUCGAGCCUUGUCCGUCGUAAUUGCGGGCCAGAGAAGUGGACAGGUGAGCAUUGAUGGAUGCCACGACAUCAUGCUGGCCCUGUGCAAUGCUGUCAUCGCGUGCACAUCGACGAGCGAGAAGACCGAAGUGAGCGGGAGGCGAGAGGCGUGGGUCCAAGGGAUAUCUAGGCUGCUACUUCCACUUAUGGACGUGUGGUUGGGCCUCUUGGAAAGAGGAGCGAAUGCCAAAAAGAGCUACCGCUUCUUCCUUGACAAGAUGCUCGAGGCGUACGCACAGGUGCUGUAUCGACUUGACAUGUUGUCCUUGCCCGCGCACACCGCACUUCGGACUGCGUUGGGCAGAUUGCCCAGUGCGUGCCUCUUUCGAAGCAACCAGCUGCCUCAGGUCGACCAGAUCGAUGCUCUCAAGCGCCACACCGAAGAGAUCUUUUCCAAGAUCCGCGAGGCGCCGGCGGCGGACAGGACGGCUGUCGCUCACCUGCUACCCCUCCUGCUCACCCACCUACACUCGAGGGUCAGUCAGCUCUCGAGGGCAGCCUCGUCAGUGGCACCGAGCACAAGUCGAUCCACAAUUGCCCCCUCGAGGCAUGUCUCGGAUCAAUUGACCCGCCAGGCGAUCUUUUACGCCUUUCUUGAGCCCGCAUUUGCACUUCUGCGGCAGCUAGAAGCGAACGAAGAGUCGUCCUUGGAGCUGAAGGAGGAGUCACUCAGGGUGCGCAUUCAGCUGCUGAAAGUCAUCGAGGCGAAGCAGCUCUAUGCGUCGGCCGACAUAUUUGCCGACCAGCUCUUUGAGCUCUUCAAGGAUUCGGCGCAGGCAGCACAAGGCGCAUUGGAGAUCGAGGGGUUGAGCGACUUGUCGAUGGAGCUUCUCCUCCUAAUUCGCAGAUUGGACGAGAUCGCUGUCGAAGACGCAAUUUCUGACGUCGCUCUCAAGAUUGCAACGACAACCAAUCCUUCCGAUGAACAGUCCGCGGUGACAAGAGAGCUGUUGGCCAUGAUGUGCUCGAAGGCGACUCGAUCGAGGGAGGUGCCCGAUUUUGUCAAUGUCCUCUUGGCCGCUGUGCAGGCAGCAAUCAAACAGCAGCGACUCUCGUCUAUCGAAGCCUUGCAGAGCUGCACCUUCACGCCUUGGUUCUUUGAGAACCACCUAGCGCCUGCGCUCGCCCAAUUUGUCGUCCCCGAACAGACCGUGCCGCUCGUCGAUUCUCUCCGUGUUGCUCUGCUACCACACGUCCAAGCCGCGACGGAAGCUGCUGCGACAACACUCAAAGAGGGCUCGGACCGAAAGCGUCGAAGGACGAGCGAAUCAAAGCGAAAAGCAAAUGAAAACAAUGUGGUCAGCACAGAAUCGGCGCAAGCGAUCGUCCUGAUGAAUUUGGCAGCAGAAGUCAUGAAGUCGCUUGCAUUGGCCGAACCGGUUCUCACGCAAGCGUCCAGCGCAGCGAAGCGGCUAUAUGACGAAGUCGCGCUCGCAUGUAUGGACAUUGGGAUUGAAAAUCCCUCUUCGCACGAUAGCGGGCCACUCGCUGCGGCAGCAUUAGAGCUGCGAGCAUCAUUGGCAAAUCGUCAGUGGAAGAGCAGUCAAGACGACGGCACAAUGCAUAUGGACGAUGCCGGAGCCGACAAUGGCGCCCAGGAUCUAAGCGCAUGGAUGGAUGCGAGUCUCGACGAGCGCUUCGAUGCUUUCGAGGGCCUCUUAUCUGACGAUUCGACGCACGCGGAGCUUCGUAUCAUGACGCACAAUACGCUUCUUCAGAGAAUCGAUAGGGACACGAGGAGAGGAAAGACAGAGUCGCCAUAUGCUCGUCUUCUGGAGAAUGACCACUUCGGUCUCAUGACGUCUUCCAUGCCUCAUCGAAAGUCGAUCGAGCCACCGUCGUUUGGAGUACAUGGCUGCCAGAAGGACGCAGAGGUGCCGCUCUUGUGGACCUACGCGGCUUGGCGCUGGCUGCCUCUACUUGACCAGCUUGCGUCGCAGAAACUCCUCGAGAGGAUGGCCGCAGUAGCUGUUGGCAUCAUUGCAGGUCACCACGAACCGGGGUCCUUGCUCGACAUUGUCGCCCGCACUUUGACCAAGGAUGGCUCCAAUCUCGAGCUUGGCAGGUGGCGCGAAGCUGUCCUCUCGUGCCUGGAGGAACGCUUGGUGAACAAGAAGGUUGCGAGCGGUGUCGACCGCUCAUCUGUCUAUGCGGUUCUUCUCAAGCUCCCGCUUCCGUACUUGUCCAUGACGACUCGGACGAGAUUUGCCACCGCUGCACUCGACAUCGACCGAGAGAUGCGUUCUUCAAAGCUCACUGAAGCAGCCGAAGCCAAUUGGGCAGCGAUCAGAUGGUGGUUCGCCUCUUUUUUGGCGCACCCUUCAUCUGAGCUCAAAGAUCUGGAUAUCGAGCUCGAAGAUCUCAUGAGCUUCGCCACUGCUAGCGGCGAGCACGGGGACGAUGUCACAAAGGCAUCCUCACGCUUGUUUGAUGUGACGACCUCUUCGCUCGUUUCGUCCAUUCGACGCAAAGAAAAGGCUUCGGAGAGGAUUGCACUGCUGGCAAGUCUGAUGGACAGGACGAGAAGGGACUCCAAAUACGGCGAUGCGCAUCAGCUGGUACUUCACGCUGCCCUAACCCUGGCGGAGAGCAGCGCAGAAGCAGCGGACGUCAUCUUGGCAAAAGUCACAAAGCAGGAAAGGUGGCUGCUACCACAGCUGGAUCGAAGUAACUUGACCGCCACUAUCCGGCAAGUUCGUAGGCUCCGCUCGAAUAUUCGGGCGGAACAACUCAGAAAGAAGUCGCUCGGCAACCAGGAUUGUGACGAGGACGAUUCAUCAUCACUGGCGGAGGGAGCGAUUGAGCUGCUUCUCUCCGUAGUCGACGACGUAAACGGUGGAUCGUUUGACGCCGAUGCAAACAAGAUGUGCGUAGAGCUUCUGGACCUCUUAAGAGAGGUGCAGGGCCCAGAUGCGCUCAUGAGGGCAGCCGACGCCUUCCCGAUAUAUCUCGAAGCUGCCUUGUCUUCUUCAACGGCAGUCGAUGUCUAUGCAGCUACUUCUCUUUUCGUCGACCUGGCCAGUUCGUCUCCUAUCCAACUAUACGAUGCAGCACUCUCCAACCUCGUCGGCACGCUCGUGGCCGACAGCGAGGAGGAUGGCAAGAGGAAAAAGGGAACACUGCAGACAUGCGCUCUGUUGCUCUGCAACGGUCCUGAAGGAACACUGACGAUGGCUCAGCGGCACUUUGGGACAUUCAUCUCGGCCGUCACCUCGAUCAUCGUUGCCUCUAUGCGGAGAGGCGACCACGAUGUUGUCUUUCACUCCAUCCAGUCCAUCGAGGCCAUCAUCGCCGGCAGGAUCUUGCUCCUUCGCUUUCAGGAUAUGGCCGACCUUCUGGUUCUCAUGAGUUGCCUCUGCUCUUCUUCUUUCACAUCCUCAGAUGCAGAAGUUGUGGGGCAGGUAGGUCACACAAGCGGUCGAGCCAUUGCCAGAUCCAUCAUCUCCACACUCUCAACUACCGUGCGACUUCGACAAGAUUUGGUCUCGCGCCUCGUUGCGCAGCUCACCACCGUCCUCGUACAGCUCGUGGGCCUCUUCAGGUCACUGCGAGUCGCUGUGUCCGCUACUGGCGGUCGAGCACCCCCUCAGAUCCGAGCAGCCCAGCGACAAGUUCCAACAUGGCUUGACUUGGAGAAGGAGCCGCUCGGAGUCGAGGAAGCGCGCCUCUUUGCCAGGCUUUUGGCCACCAUCACCACGAGGUCGACCACUGCUUCGGCCCUUUCGCUGCCCAAGAAAAAGGCUGACAACAAGGCCCUCUCUCGGGCGUUCUCGAACCACGCCGCCUACGUGCUCAUAGCCUAUGUUCGAACGCUCGUAGGCGGCGGAGACUCGGCGACGACAAUCUCGUCAGAAGUCCGUACGGAGCUCCUGCUGGGCUUGAUGGGUCUGUGCGACAUUGUGGGCGAGCACCAGCGUGAUGCAGCCAUGAUGCUUCUCGAGCAGGGCGAGCGUCUCCUCUUUAAGAACGUCUGGAACGAAUGGGAGAAGAAGCGGUACAAGGGUGUAUAGAAUCAUGUUAAUUUCAAAGCAGCACAAAUGCAAAUGCAACGGCAG